AUAGGCUCCGGGAUCACGUGAAUACGCAUAUGAAGAUCAAACCGCACGCCUGUGUGUGGCCCGGGUGUACAUACCGGUGCACUCUGAAGGGUAAUCUGAAUAAACAUAUGAGAGUUCAUCAGAAAUCAGAUACACAUCUCAAGACAUCGACAAUGGAGACAAUGUUGGAACAGCAGAGGAGAUACCACGAGGAGAGGGAACGGCUGGAGGAGGCGAUGGUUAAGGAGAAUAUGACCAAAAAGAGUUCUAAUAGGGAUCAAAUCAACUCCGACCACAGGCUGAAGAUACUGCUGGACCGCUACACUGAAUGCACGGAAAACCUUCUGGAGAUCUAUGAGGAUAAAGACGGCGCCCGAAAGGCCGAAGUGGACGCCAUGUCCGGACCCAACGAGUUCUCGGAGUUCUACUCGCGGCUCAAGAAUAUCAAAGAGUUUUAC